AUGGGCCACGAAGAGGAACUAACACCGGAGCAAGUAGACGUGGGUGUGUCCCCACUCAGGGGCUCGCUCAGGCGCACCUGGACCGACUUCUGCGCCACCAGCAGUAUCCACGGAUUGCGGUACACCCGCGACGAGGACACCAACCGGAUUGUGCACUUUGUCUGGCUGCUCAUCUCCCUGGUGAUGUUCAGCUGUGCCGUGGCCAUGGCCCACACCUUCUACGUGGACUUCCGCAGCAAUCCGACCCGGAUGAAUGUGGAGAGCGACUACACGCCAGUGAGCAGCCUCUACUUUCCCCCGGUCACCAUUUGUCCGGAGGUGCUCUUCAAUAUGCAAAAGUCCAAGCAAUUUCUGGCGACACUGCGACUGCCUCAGGGAGCUGAUGUGGCUGGCAUCCUGCGACAGCUCCACAUCUUCUACGGCUUUAUGCUGGACGAUGAACGCUUUGCCGAUCAGGACAUCGAGCAAAUGGAGGCUGUUCUGUCGCUGAACAAUCUGAGCCUCGAGCAGUUGGUCGACCACUUGCGCUGGGAUUGCCGGGAGAUUCUGUAUCGCUGUCGGUACCAUGGCAAGAUUGUGGACUGCUCAGAUCUCUUUCAGCUCUCCAAGACCUUCUUCGGCAACUGCUGCUCCUUCAAUCUGCGCCAACAAGGACUAAACUUCACCGGUCAAAGGGCCGUUGGAGGCCUGGGCUCUGGCCUGUCGGUGAUCCUACGGUACCAGGACGCCAACUACGAUCCUUUGCAAUCCUAUUCGUAUGGCGUGAAGCUGCUCAUCCAGGAAACCAAUGCCUUUCCCAGUGCUCAUGCUGUUGCCAAGUUCGUAGCCUUCAACACGGAGGUUUUCGCGGCUCUGCGCCCUGAGGAGACCUUCUGCUCGGCGGCUGUCAAGGCUCUGGCCAUCGAGGAGCGAAACUGUGUGUUCGGAAACGAGUUCCAUCUGCGCUACUUCCCCGACUACGUCUACCCCAACUGUGAGCUCAACUGCCGGGUGACCAACAUGGUCAAGUUCUGCGGCUGUCACACGUACUUCUUCGACUUCAAUCGCACCAGCGAUCGGAUAUGCUCGUUCAGGGAUAUACCCUGUUUGGUGGACAACUUUGCUAGCAUCAUCACGCGAGAGAGAAGCACCCAAUGCUAUUGUCCCCUGACCUGCGAGCACUUUGAUUACGACGUUCAGAUAUCCAAUUUUCCGCUGCAUCCCGACAUGCCAGUGGUGGAUCCCUUUUACUCGGGUAUAGCCGAGAACGAUGGCAUUUUGCAUGUCUUUAUCAACUCAAUUAGCUAUCGGCGCAUUCGUCAGGACUUGCUCUCCAAUAUGGUGACUUUGGUUUCUAACCUGGGCAGCGCCUUCAGCCUGUUUGUGGGCAUGAGCAUGCUCUCCGUGGUGGAGAUUCUCUAUUACUUCUCGGUUAUCCUCCGUAAGAACUAUGUGCAGGAGUGUCGAGCACGCAGAAAGAUGUUGCAGCGGGGGACAAAGUGCGCCCUUCCCAAAACAAGUUACGCACACAAAACUCCAAAGAAAUCUGUAUUCAUAAUUCACAAAUAG